UCCAACAAUGUCACGAUUGUUUUUGCCAAAUCGUUUUUGUCUUAAAUGUUCCCUACUAGCAGCUCGCAGGCCUCCUUUGUUGACAUCGCAGUCAACAAAGCAGCACUUAGUUAAGAGUGUUUUCAUGCAGCAGCAGAUCAAAUGCAGGUCAAAGUCCAGGGUCUGGAUCUAUGGGGUUGCAGUGGGGAUUGCUAUAGCUGUCGGGCUGAAAUACUCCCAGGACACAGCGACCAGUUCCUGUGAUGAUGAAGGAGAAGAAGCUCAGAAGACUGGUCGAUACAGAGAUGCCAUCAGAGUGAGCAGGGACCUGGUGGAGAGGAUAAAGACGGAGGUCGGGGCUCCAGGGCUGGUGGUUGGGGUCUCUGUGGAUGGUGCAGAAGUCUGGAGUGAAGGAAUCGGUUAUGCUGAUUUGGAGCACCGCGUGCUGUGCAGCCCAGGAACAGUGAUGCGGAUCGCCAGCAUCAGUAAGCCCCUCACAUCUGCUGCUGCUGCACGACUGUGUGAGGAGGGGAAACUGGAACUUGAUGUCCCUGUCCAGAAAUAUGUACCCGAAUUUCCCCAGAAACAAUUUAGUGGACAGGAUGUCACAAUAACCCCUCGUAUGAUUCUGUCCCACCUGAGCGGUAUACGGCAUUAUGAGAAGGAUGCAAAGAAAGUGAAGGAGGACAAGGAGAAAGCUAAGCAUCUCUUAAAGCCAGCAAAGAAAGAAGAUGAAAAGAGCUCAUCUGAAAACAAAGAUAAACCUGAAACAGAACAAAACACCAAAGGUAAAGAAGCCACUCAGGCGAAAAAAAAAGAGUUUGAGCACGAGGAAUACUACUUGAAGGACAACUUCGAAAGUGUCACUCAGGCCUUGGACCUCUUCAAGGACGACCCACUCAUUUUCAAACCAGGCACCACUUUUCUGUACUCCACCCACGCCUUCACCCUGCUCAGUGCUGCUGUGGAGCAAGCUGCUGGACAGCGCUUCCUGGAUGUCAUGAUGAACAUGUUCCAUGAGCUGGGAAUGCUCAAUACUGUGCCCGAUGAGAACGACCCUAUUAUUUACCACCGAUCCAGAUACUAUCAUCUCAACAAGAGAGGACGUGUGGUGAACUGCCCAUAUGUAGACAACUCCUACAAGUGGGCAGGAGGCGGCUUCCUCUCCACGGUGGGUGACCUGCUGCUGUUCGGUAACGCUCUGCUCUACAGCUACCAGGUGGCCCAACUGAAGGACACUGAGGGCUUUCUCCCUGGCUUUCUCAAACCCCAGACUGCCGUAGAUCUUUGGUCACCAGUUGACAGGACAGAGGCAAGCUGGGACAAGGAUGGACUGUAUGCCCAAGGAUGGCUGGUAGUGGAGAAACUACAGAAAUAUGGGCAGUGCAGGAACCGUAGACACUAUGUGUCACACACAGGAGGCGCUGUGGGGGCUAGCAGUGUCCUCCUGGUGUUACCCAGUGAGGAGAUAGAUGAGAACCAAGAACAGACCCCCCUCCUCCCUCAAGGAGUGGUGGUCACCAUCAUCACUAACAUGCAGUCAGUUGGACUCAACAGCACAGCACUGAAAAUUGCACACGAGUUUGACAAAGCAAGAAGCCUGUAAGAG